AUGGCAUUGGCAGGUCAGCAGCAUCAUCAUCAUCUUUCUGCUCCUCCUAUCGACAUUGACGCGCGGCAUACUAAUGGUUCAACAAGAAAAUGCAUCACUAUACCACCGGUGAUUUAUUCAGCAGGCCUUUAUGAGGAUGAUCCAGCUGAUAUUCUAAUCCAUCCAUUGCCACUUCUGGAAUUGCAGCUGAUUGUGAUUUUCACAAUCACAGUUCUCAUUCAUUUCCUUCUCAAGCGCGUUGGAAUCCCCGUGUUCGUCUCUCAGCUUUUGACUGGCAUAAUCCUUGGACCAACGGCUUUAGGGAAGCGUGAUUUCGUUAAGGAAACGCUUUUUGGCAAAGAUGGUCAGGAAGCAUUGGGAAUGAUCUCGGCAUUUGGAUACAUGAUGUAUUUGUUCAUAAUGGGAGUGAAGAUGGAUCCAACAAUGGUUCUUAGGACAGGAAAGAAGGCCUUGGGAAUUGGCGUCCUAGCAGUUUUGCUGCCAUUAGCUGCCUCUCUGAUUGUCCAUCUGGCCAUAGCAGAUGGAGAUCUGACUAGAGGGCCUGAUCAAUUUAUGGUUAUCGCUAUGCAGUCAAUGUCUACAUUUCCUGUCGUCGCCACCCUCCUCAUCGACUGCAAAGCCCUCAACUCAGAACUCGGCCGGUUAGUCCUAUCAGCAUCACUAGUCAGCAACAUGUUGGCAGUCUUCAUCAUGUUUUGCAUCACCACAGCCACUACUUAUGCAGACAAACAAUUAGGAGCCAGCAAAGCUGCCGGAAACAGCGUGGCAAUAAUAUUUUUCCUCAUUGUUGCUGUGUUCUUGGUCAGGCCAGCAAUGUUUUGGAUGAUCAGGCAUACACCUGAAGAUAGGCCGGUAAAGAGCACAUACAUGCAAAUCAUCCUUGUCUCUGUCUUUGCAUCUGCCAUUUACACGAAUAGCUUCGAUCAGUUGGUUCUUUUCGGCCCAUCCAUUCUGGGAUUAGUAAUACCAGAAGGACCACCAAUAGCAACCCAAUUGAUAGACAAGUUUGAGUCCUUCAUUGCUGGUGUUUUUAUGCCAGUCUAUGUAACUACAGCUGGGAUGAGAGUCGAUCUGAAAGCCCUCCAAUCGGACGACCCGCAUCCAAUGGAACACAAUCUAAUCCUUAUCAUUGUGGCAGCUAUCUUCAAAUUGUUGGGGGUAUUGAUUCCUUCAUAUUUGAGCCACAUGCCCUUCAGAGAUACUAUCACCAUUGCUACUGUCAUGAGCUACAGUGGCAUCGUCGUACUGGCAGGCUACACCUAUUCAAAAGACAACAAGGCACUCUCGGAGGAUACGUUUUCUCUGGUUGUCGUCUGCAAUUUAAUCAAUUCCAUCAUUGUGUCACUGCUGAUGAAAGUCCUCUAUGAACCGUCGAGGAAAUACGCUGGCUACCAGAAGAGGAACAUUAUGCAUGUAAGACCAAACUCAGAGCUCCGGAUCGUUUCCUGCAUUCACAAACCAGAAGACGUAGCUGCUACAAUAAGAUUACUUGAUGUCUCGUAUGCAACACAAGAAAGCCCUAUUGGGGUCUAUGUUCUUCACCUUAUCGAGCUCGGACACCGGUCCACUCCCGUCUUCAUCUGCCAUCAAAUGAAGAGAGUGUUGGACGUCAACCCUUACUCUCAAAACGUCAUCAUUGCCUUUUCUCAAUAUGAAAGAAACAACUGGGGAUUCGUAUCAGUCAACACCUUCACAGCCAUGUCUCCCACAGACCUGAUGCAUGAAGACAUAACAACUCUCGCCCUCAACAAAGCCACUUCUCUCAUACUCCUCCCAUUCCAUCGUAAAUGGUCGAUUGAUGGGAUUGUUGCAUCAGAAGACAAUCUUGUAAGAACCUUAAAUUGCAGAGUUCUUGAAAGGUCUCCUUGCUCUAUUGGUAUCCUCGUCGACCGUCCCCAAGUCAGGAAGGGAAAUACUGCUUUAAAUCAACUUAUGAGACGUGCAUCCAGUACCUCUUCCGACCACCUGUUCCGCUCGGCUUCAACCAUGCCUUCCGCAGAGGAGACAUCAUGCUCUGUGGGAAUGAUCUUCUUCGGAGGAAAUGAUGAUCGGGAGGCUCUGACUUUAGCCAAACGUAUGGCUAGAGAUUCAGCUGUGAACCUUACAGUUACAAGAUUUCUUACAGAGGAAGGUACGAAUAUUAUGUCCACAGAGAGUGUAUGUGACAAUGAGGUGUUGAGGGAUGUAAAGCAAAACAAUGUUGGCGAUGGAUAUGUAAUAUAUGUAGAGGAGGUGGUAAAGGACGGACCUGAGACUGCUCUGAUCAUUCGAGAGAUGGCAGAGGAAUACGACCUCAUCAUCGUUGGACGACGCCAUGGGGUUGAGUGCCCUCAAACAACUGGUCUUGCAGAAUGGAGUGAAUUCCCAGAACUGGGAGUCAUUGGCGACUUGCUUGCCUCACCAGAUCUCAAUAUCAGAGCUUCUGUAUUGAUUAUACAACAACAAAUUUGCAGCUAG